CCUACUUGUAAGCAGAAAAUGAGUUGGCUAAUAUGGCUUCAUCAACUUAUUCUGGUAUCUCUCUUGUUUUCUCAAGUUGUUACAUGUUCAUCGUCAUGGUCUUCUUCUACUUCUGCACACCAUAUGUGCCUUGAGGACCAGAAAUUCUCACUCCUUCAAUUUAAGAAAACUUUCACCACAACUAGUGGUCUUACCUUCCCAGAGUGUGAAACUUAUUCUCACCCUAAAAUGGUGUUCUGGAAUGAGAGCACUGAUUGCUGCUCAUGGGAUGGGGUCACCUGUGACUGGUUGAAUGGUCAUGUAAUUGGGCUUGACCUCAGUUGCAGCAAGCUUCAAGGAACCAUUCAAGGUAACAGCAGCCUCUUCCAUCUUCGUCAGCUCCAGAGGCUCAAUCUUGCCUUCAAUGACUUCAGCUUCUCUAAAAUUUUAUCCAGGUUUGGCUCAUUCACGAGUUUGACCCACCUCAACCUCUCUAACUCUUUAUUUGCAGGCCCAAUUCCUUCAGAAAUUUGUCAUCUAUCUAAAUUGAUUUCCCUUGAUAUGUCUAAUUAUAAUUCUCAGUGGAGACUUGAACAACACACUUUCAAUAUGAUCCUUCGGAACCUAACCCAAUUAAAGGAACUACACCUUGAUUGGGUGGAUAUCUCUUCGCCUUUACCUCAUGCUUUGUUAAAUCUGUCUUCUUUAACAUCUCUUAGUCUUGGUUUUUGUCAACUGCAUGGGAAAUUUCUAGAAAACAUUUUCCACCUUCCAAACCUACAGAAGCUCAUUGUACAGUAUAACGGGGACCUCACGGGUAAACUUCCAAACUUUAAUGUGACUAGUUCCCUUCAGUUUCUUGAUCUCUCAUGGACAAGUUUUUCUGGCCAAUUGCCUGAUUCAAUCGACAAUCUCAGAGCCUUGAAUAGGUUUUACGUCUCAAGCUCUAACUUUUCGGGGUCCAUUCCAGCUUCUUUUUGGAACCUUACAAAAAUCACUAGUUUAGACUUUUCGCAUAACGUUUUUAGCGGUCAAAUCCCCCCAUCAAUUUCGAACCUUGCAAAGCUUAUUGACUUGGAUCUUUCUAUUAACAAUUUUUCCGGACAAAUACCAAAUUCCAUUGGCAACAUGAGCCAACUUGCUUUCUUGGACCUUUCUGGAAAUCAGCUAAUAGGUCCCAUUCCUUUGUAUGCAGUUGGGCUUUCAAAGCUAACUUUUCUCGGAUUGAGUAAUAACUCUCUCAAUGGGACAUUACCAUCUUGGUUGUUUGCUCAACCUUCAUUGGUUUCUAUAGAUUUGAGAAACAAUAAGCUGCAAGGACCAAUUCCAAGAUCAAUUUAUGAACUUGCGAACCUGACAUACUUGGAUCUUUCAUCAAAUAACUUAGGUGGUGUAGUGGAGCUAGAUAAGCUUCUAAAGCUAAAAUAUAUGUCCCUGCUUGAUCUCUCAUAUAAUGGUCUGUCAUUGAGCAUCAACAAUAGUCUCAACUCUACUACCUUGCCUAGCCUUGAGAUUAUAGGAUUAGGUUCUUGCAACUUAACUGAAUUCCCAAACUUCUUGAGAGAACAGGCUGGAUUGUUUUCUCUAGACCUUUCAAACAACAAAAUUCAUGGUGAAGUUCCAAAAUGGGUAUUGGAUGUGGGGAAAUUUUCAUUGACUCGUUUAGAUCUUUCUCAUAAUUUUCUUUCUACGGGUUUAGAGAAACUUCCAUGGUUGGCACUACAAUAUAUUGACCUGCACGACAACUUACUCCAUGGACCACUCCCUGUUCCACCUAUCACCACAACUGUUUUCCUCAUAUCAAGUAAUAAAUUUACAGGAGAAAUCCCUCCAUUGAUUUGUGGUCUAGGGUUGCUUAAAGUUCUUGAUUUGUCUAAUAAUAGUUUGAGUGGUAUGAUUCCACAAUGUUUGGGAAACUUAAGCAAUAGUCUCUCGGUGUUGAAUUUACGAAUGAAUAGCUUUCGUGGCGCCUUUACUGCAAUAUUUGCGAAAGGCAGCACGCUGAGGAAUCUUAACUUGAAUGACAACCAGAUUGAAGGACAAGUUCCGCGAUCUUUGCUCAAUUGUGGACGUUUAGAAGUUCUAGAUCUUGGAAGAAACAAGAUAAAUGAUACAUUCCCCUACUGGUUGGAAACUCUUCCAGAGUUGCAGGUUCUUGUCUUGAAAUUUAAUAGGUUUCAUGGUCACAUAAACACAUUCAAGACAAAGAGCAAACUUCAUUUCCCUAAGUUGAGGAUUAUCGACAUAUCUUACAAUGAGUUUACUGGCCUUUUGCCAACCAAUUAUAUCUCACGAUUUGAAGCUAUGAUGAAUGUGGAUGAACAUGAAUUGAAAUUAAAAUACAUGGGUGAUAUGUAUUACAAAGAUUAUGUGGUGGUGAUCGUAAAGGGACAUGAAAUUGAAUAUUCAAGGAUCUUAACAGUCUUCUCAAUCAUUGAUUUAUCAAGCAAUAAAUUUAUAGGAGAGAUUCCGAAAUCCAUUGGGAGGCUUAAUUCACUUCGGGGUCUUAACUUAUCUCAUAACAACCUUCAAGGCCAUAUCCCAACUUCACUUGGAAACAUGAGCAACCUUGAAUCAUUGGACCUUUCCUCAAACCAGCUUGUUGGGGGGAUUCCUCAGCAACUGACAAGUUUGAUGUUUCUUGCGGUACUAAACCUUUCAUAUAACCAUCUAGUGGGACAAAUUCCUCAAGGGAGACAGUUUAAUACAUUUGGAAAAGAUUCAUACAAUGGGAACUGGGAUUUAUGUGGAUUCCCCUUAUCAAAGAAAUGUGAGGAACUACAGCCACUGCCACCUCCGCCAACGCUCCACGAAGACGAGAAUUCAAACAGGUCAAGUGGAUUUAGCUGGAAAGUUGUAGCGAUGGGGUAUGGAUGCGGAUUUGUGUUUGGAAUGGUUAUGGGAUAUCUUAUGUUCGUAACUCGAAAACCAGAAUGGCUUAUGAAAAUUGUUGAAGGAAAACAAUAUAAGAAGGUGAAAAGGUCCAACAAGGGUGCCCACUGAUGCAAUGAAAGAAGAAAUCCGCAAAAACAAAUGGCGUCAUUUAGUACUAGAUCUGUUCAGUAGCACAAUAAAACAAUGGUAUCCAGUUGAAGGGGUUUCUCACCUAGUUGCUGCAUUUGAGUGUGUGCAUCCAGAUAGUAGCUAUACAGGAUCACUUCAAAAGCUUUACCCUUGUUGAUGUAUUGAAACCUAAAGCUUCGUUUGGUUUUCUUAAAGCACGAGUUAAAUAAGAGUUGCAUGUCAUGACUCUUCGUUGUUUCUUUUCUCGCAUCAUGUACUACCUUUAGAGAUUUGCACUUUUGUAUGUAGUUGCUUUUAAAUUGGAUUUCAGCUACAGAAGACUAGGCAUUGCCAAGUUUUUAACUUUGAAAUGCAAUCUUACAAGUUACAACUCAAGUCAUUCCUCUUGGUACAUUCUUAAUUAUUUUGAAUGACAGAAAUGUUGGGUUCUACAUAGAGAAUUCACAUUGAAAAUAAUGUUAUAUGUUACUUGUUUAGCAAUGUUUUUACCAGUUGCUAUUGUAGUAUAGGUGAG